AUGAUUAGUAGAUGUUUUAGAGCAAAUUUGUUGGCAUACAAUGCCAAACAGCUUCAAAUUGCAAGAUUCUAUGUACAGAACAACAACAGUGGAAACACCAGUCAGCAAGAUCUAGAGGAGAGCAUGAGCGAAGAAAAGAGACGUCUUAUGGAGGAGCUCGAGGAAUUGGAAGCUCAAUACAGCAAAGAACACGUUAAUGAGAAGACUGGUGAAAUCGGUGGACCAAAGGGUCCAGAGCCAACUCGUUUCGGAGACUGGGAAAGAAAAGGUAGAACCUCGGAUUUUUAA